UGCCCGGUGCAAGUGCGUGUGUGUGUGACGUCACGUGCAGACCCUUCUCGCGCUCCGUGUGACAGUGCGUGUGACGUGCGUGUAGGCGUGUGCGUGUGUUUGUGUGUGGCAGGCGUUCAGUGAGGGAAGGAGAGAGACUCGCCUGCACAGAGAGGCGCGGAGCCGGAGCGGAGAGCAUCAAGCAGACCGCAUCCUGAACCGGCGCAGGACUCGGGAAAAGUAACACAAACUCUGACGCACUUAUAGGACGCGUUAGUGCGGGGACUGUGUUGGUAUUUGGACUUAAAAUGAAAGGUUUACCUGUCUCUUUAUUGGAUCUGGAGUCCAAUUUGCGGCGGCUUUGACAGAGGAAUUGCGCAUGCAGAGUGGGCUUUCGAACCGAACUUGACUUGGACAUCCAGGAUCCCCAAACCACCUUAAACCUUCCCCCCCACCCCCGCUGGACAUCAUCAAGCUCAACGAUCACCACCAUCAUGGAUGAAGAGCAGUGCUACUACAACGAGACCAUUGCCUUCUUCUACAACCGCAGUGAAAAGCACCUGGCUACCACCUGGAACACCGUGAGCAGGCUGGUGAUGGGUCUGGGCAUCACUGUGUGCAUCUUCAUCAUGCUCGCCAACCUUCUGGUAAUGGUCGCCAUCUACAUCAACAGGAGAUUCCACUUCCCAAUCUACUACCUGAUGGCCAACCUGGCGGCUGCUGACUUUUUUGCUGGACUGGCCUACUUGUACUUAAUGUUCAACACAGGACCAAACACAAGGUGGCUGAGUGUUUCAACAUGGCUGUUGCGUCAAGGCUUGAUCGAUACCAGUCUUACAGCUUCGGUGGCCAACCUGCUUGCCAUCGCCAUAGAGCGUCACAUCACUGUCUUCCGCAUGCAGCUACAUACGCGUAUGAGCAACCGACGUGUAGUGGUGGUGAUCGUUAUAAUCUGGACUAUGUCCAUAGUGAUGGGGGCAAUCCCCAGUUUGGGCUGGAACUGUAUCUGCGCCCUGCAAAGUUGCUCCAGUAUGGCACCGCUUUACAGCAACUCCUACUUGAUCUUCUGGGCAGUGUUUAACCUGGUGACGUUUGUCGUGAUGGUGACUCUUUAUGCCCACAUUUUUGUCUAUGUGCGACAGAGAACCAUGAGGAUGUCGCGGCACAGCUCUGGCCCACGACGCAACCGAGACACAAUGAUGUCUCUGCUCAAAACUGUGGUCAUUGUGUUGGGUGCCUUUAUAAUCUGUUGGACCCCAGGCUUAGUCCUCAUACUUCUCGAUGUCUUCUGCUCCAGCUGCACCGUCCUCAACUAUGAGAAGUUCUUCCUGCUCCUUGCCGAGUUCAACUCGGCUAUGAAUCCUAUCAUCUACUCAUACCGGGACAAGGAGAUGAGCGCCACCUUCAAGCAGAUCUUGUGCUGCCAGCGGCAGGAGAACGUCAAUGGGGCGGUGGUGGACGGAUCCGACCGCUCGGCGUCUUCGGUCAACCACACGGUGCUGGGCGCUGGCGGCGUCCAUCACCAUCACAAUGAGCACUCGGUGGUUUGAAAUGAAUGCAAAAAGGAAGCCUGAAAGUUGUAGCUGUUCUGCCUGAGACUAGGUAAAUACGAAACGAGGGAUGUGAAUGUGACAGAUCAUAGACUGCUCUUUGAAUUUACAAACAGAUGACACAAACUGAUCAACAUGAUGGAGAGAUCAAUGAAGAAACGACAAAAAAGAAGAAUGGAAGUAAAAAGAAUGAUGGAAAAACCAUAUGAAGGAAGAGGGGAAGUCUAAUGUUCGGGGACUCUGACUGGGUGUUCGUAUUUUUGUUUAGCAGUAUGUUGUUUUUCUGUGUUAAAGGUGAUUUUUUUUUUUUUUUUUUUUUUUUACAAGCAAAGAUGAUAUGAAUUAUUUAAGUAAUCUGUGAAAUGGUAAUGCCAGUAUAACCAUUCAGUUUGUUUAACUUUGGAACUUCUACAAUUCAAGACACACAGAGACUAAACUGUUGAGACCCAUUUUCAUGUUACCUUUCCCAUAACUGAGGCAUGAGCAAACUCCUCAUAGAUUCACCACCAUUCUGGUUUCUGAACAGAAGCUGCUUUAUGAUUAUGUCAUGUGAUGGAGCAGAUGGACUGUAUG